UUGGCGUAUUGUAUAAUCCGGCAAGCUGGACGCACAUUGCUAUCAUGGGGUUAUCAUGAUUUCGAUACCAAUUAAUUAAUGUUUACAGUCAAACUUUGUUGAAAGCGCAUUUGCCGGAUCCUCUCUUUCCUGGUAGCGUCCUCUGGAAAAAAGCUGACUUACCUAUCGCUUGUGAUGUGCGAUCUUAUCUGGAAGGCACAUGUAUUGUGAUUAACGUGACAAUCUCAGGUUCCUCUCUCUUUCCUCGUGCUCUACGUUUAGGUUGUCCGGAUGCUGCAACACACAUUCCUCACAGCUUCUUUGCUCUCCUCGGAUGCUGCAGUACACUUUCCUCCUUUGUGCUCUGUAAGGUCUCUUCAAUUUGAAACACAGAUACCAUUUUCACUGGAACAAAGAUAGCCAUUUUUUUCGAAACAGAAAUUGAGCUGCAGAUUGCAAGUUAUGGAUGAAGAGUUGUCCAACCGAGUUCCACUGUUCACUACUGGUCAGGAAUUUGCAACUUUUGUUGCUUCUUGUGGAAUCCUGCACAAGGCUUGGGAAGAGAUAUGUAAAGCUCAUGUAAAUCGUGUAGAUACUUUUGUUGUGAAGGAGGACGAAGGUGUUGUAUAUGUGACCUUCCCUUCUCUGUAUACAGAAGAUUUCAUUGUCAAAGAUAGCAAAUAUGGAGAGUGCAAGAUACAGGAUGAGAAUACGGUCUUCUCUCACAGCUUGAAGAGCAAUGAUGAUAAGCCUGCACUUGUUCACAAGGGAGCUCUUAGGCGUUUCCUCCGUAUCCUCGAAAUUUCAGAUUUUAACAGCCGGAUGAGCAGUUUUAUGAGCUUAAAAAGGGAACAAACUGUUGUGUUUGUGGGUCAUUCCUUGGGAGGUGCUGUGGCAACCUUGGCGACAAUCUGGUUUCUGGAAAAGAGGAUCAGACAAAUAUCUCCUUUUUGCAUUACGUUCGGUUCUCCUUUUGUUGGAGAUGCUAGUCUUGGGGAAGCAAUUGGUCGAGAAGAUUGGUCAGGAUGUUUUUUUAAUGUGGUCUCCAAGUAUGAUAUUGUUCCUCGGAUGCUUCUUGCACCAUCUGAAUCAAUCGCCCAACCUUUGACUGUGAUUUUGGCUUACUGGGGCAGCAUAAUGGGCAAAGCUUCCAUGGAAGUAUCAAGUCCACCUGAUCAAGAGGCUUGCAAAAGUCUUCUUAAAAAUGUUCUGCAACACACAUCUACAACAUCAAGCAAUUACACUGAAGAAUCUGGUCUUAGAAGCAUGUAUAGACCAAUUGGUACUUACAUGUUCUGUUCAACCCAUGGUGCGGCUUGUAUUGGAGACCCUGAAGCUGUCUUGAAGAUGCUGCAUUUUACCAUACAGUGCAAUGAAGGAAAGACUUUUGAUGAAAUUGCGAGUGUUUGUAUCUUGGAGCACACUGAUUAUGGCAAUUUGCUGGAGUAUAUCACUGAACACCUACUUAACACAAUCGCAAUGGGAAUCACAAAUGCCAUUUCAGAUUCGUCCUAUGAGACGGGAAUAGCACUGGAAUUGGAUGCAAUGGGUAUUGAGGCUCAGAAUGAUGAUGCAUUUCAUGCCCUCAAAAAGGUGGAAGAGAAGAAAGGCACUUUUGAGAUGAACAUUGAAGAACUAAAUGUCACAUUGAGCAAGAACCAAAGUGCCAUGGCAGAGUUGGAAUGGUUUAAAGGGCUUUGUAAAGUCCAAGGCAUCGGCUAUUAUGAUUUUUUCAAACACCAAAAUGACCAGAAGACUGUCAGAAUAGAAAUGCUUCGCACAUCUCUGGAAACAUUCUGGGAUUCGAUUGUUGAGAUGGUGGAGAAGCAUGAAUUGCCAAUUGACAUACAAUUCCAAAAUAAAUGGAUCAAUGCUGGCACCGCUUACAGAAGACUUGUGGAGCCUCUGGAUAUUGCAUACUUUUAUGGCAAACAGAAGGGUAAUGACCCCUAUCUGUCACAGGGGAUUCGACCACGCCGUCACAUUGUCCUAGAAAAAUGGAUGAAUGAAAAAGAACAAACUCGCAUUGGGACAAAUAAGAAGCCUCGCACAAAGUUUGCAUCCUUGACUCAGGACUCUUGUUUUUGGGCUCAUGUAGAAGAGGCUUGUAAAGACCUAAGGAAACUCCAACAGAAAAAAGAGCAACAAAAGGUCAUGAAUGCCCAACUAAAAGAAAGCCUUGAAAAGUUUGAAGAUUAUGUGUGGAGCAUGAUCAGAGAUCGCAGUAUUUCUGUUGAGGUGUUCUUGGAACAGAGUAGCUUCAUGCAAUGGUGGCAACAAUACAGGCAUCUUCAACUUCAAUCUGAACAGUGGAAAUCAAGCUCUUCUUUGUUGAAGUUCAUGGAAGAUGAGAAUUGGAAGCUGGAAAUUUAGAAGCUGACUUUUUUCAACUGGUACAAAGAUGUUAGAACUGUUUCUAAUUUUCAUGUUUUCUUGGUGACUGGUUUUCGACUCUCAUAUUUGCACAUCCUGCCAUGCUUUAUUGUAGUAAGUUAGAAAUAUGCAUAUCACCACCAUUAGCUAUAAUGACCUAUGAUAGUGAUUUUGCAAUUUGUCAAAAACAGGUGUACUUUGAAAGCCUUUUGUUUGAUCUUUAGAAGACUUGUAGCAGUGAAGGUUUAAAUAUUUUCGUGGCCUAAUAAUCUUGUAUAUUUACUCUAGUUAAUUUUCUGACAAGGUUUGUAGUGUAGGUUUCAAAUA